CAGGGUGGAAACGCUAACCUGGUAUUUAUGCUUAAAAGAAACAGUGAGCAGGUCGUCCAGAGCAUCGUUCAUCUCCAUGAACUCCUCAGCACUUUGCAGGGCGUUGUGCUGCGGCAGGACAGCUACAUUGAGGACCAGAAGCUGGUGCUGAGUGAGCGCGCGCUCACGCGGAGUGCGUCCCGCCCCAGCUCCCUCAUCGAGCAGGAGAAGCAGCGCAGCCUAGAGAAGCAGCGCCAGGACCUGGCCAACCUGCAGAGGCAGCAGGCUCAGUACCUGGAGGAGAAGCGCCGGCGGGAGCGCGAGUGGGAGGCCCGCGAGAGGACGCUGCAGGAGCGCGAGGCGCGGCUGGCACAGCGCGAGGAGGAGGUGCGGCGCGGGCUGCAGGACCUGGACCGGGACCUGGACGCGCUGCAGCAGCAGAAGGGCGCCUACCAGUGUGACCUGGAGAGGCUGCGUGCGGCCCAGAAGCAGCUGGAGAGGGAGCAGGAGCAGCUCAGCCAAAGGCAGGUGGACCGCGACGUCUGCCAGGUGAGAGGGCCGGGCGUGGAGCGGGGCGGCUCGCGGUGCCUGGCACCACCACGGCCAGUGGCCUGCCUGCACCGAGUCUUUCCCUCGCAAGAAGGGGCAGGUGAGGAACCCCUAGAGGUGGAGGAGGAGGAUGCGUGAGGCCCAGGAGCCCUUGAGCUGAUGGGCCCUGCCCACCGCCUCCAUGGGGUUAGGCUAGAGUGACCUCUGCGCAGUGAGGAUGUGGCCGGCUGUCCCUCUGCCCUGCACCACAUAGGCCAGAAGGGUGCCUCCAGGAACGUGUGGCCCUGUCGUGCCACGCUGAGGAUGACAGGCACCCCGAGCACGCAGUGCCUGUGGCUAGGGGACAGCAGGAAGCAGCGCCAAGGCACCACGGAGAGGCCUGUGCUCUGGACCCGCGCAGCCACUCCAGGGAGAGCCACCAGCCCAGGAGUGCACAGGCAUCCGGGCCCCGCAUCACCCUGAUCUGUCCUGCUGCUGCCGGCAAAGCCUGUCUUUCCCGUUAGCUGGUUCCUCCCCAGGAAGCCUUCCUGGCUUGCAGCGCGCUGGCUCCCGCA